AUGCCUGCACUCCUGCCUUCCCAGUUGGAACUCGCCGUUGCAACAAUUGCUCAAUGCCUGGACUUAUUGCAAGUUGACUAUGGUCUCAUGGGAGGUGCGGCUGCAUGUCUCAUGGCACCAGACCCCAGCCGGCGAACAGAAGACGUUGAUUUGGUGAUUCACGUCGAUGAGCAAUCCAUCACCGCUGAUCUCCUCACGCAAAAACUGUUGGAUACUUUCCCAUCUGAUAUUGGCCCCGUAAGCCAGUUCGGACACAUAAUCCCCGCAUACAGACUACGUUUACCUGGAGAUGCCAUCCAACUCGUGGAGGUCGAGAUAUUCGAUUACAGGAGCUGGCCGAACCGACCUCAGUACAACCUUCAAACGGCUACACGGGUGACAAAGACGGUCACCGGAUAUCCCGUCAAAAUGUUCAGCGCUGAAUGGCUUACACGGGAGAAGAUACUGUCACAAUAUCAGCGUCGGGGUGUCAAGCAUUUGACAGAUAUCGAAGACGUGGCCCGCUUGAUGCGAUAUUGUACGCCCGACAAGCCGGAGCUCAACUUCGACCAAUAA